GUUACAUCACUUCAAAUUUCAAUCUUAAGCCUCGCACGUGUAAUCCUGCAUGCCUUUCUAAAUGCCCAAAUCCCACUUGUGUCGCCCAAUUUGUUUCCCUCAAAUCCCUCUCUUCAGCAUCCAGGCCCUCCCCGUUCCCCUCCCCAACCAGCUCUAGGCUAGCCAACCAUGGAUGAACGGCAGACCGGGCGACGACAAGCGGCGAUUUCUCACGAUUUAACCGGGCGCAGUGGCAUUGCGCUUCUCAGAUGGAUCCAGGAUCACGCGCCGAACUCGAGCCAGGUUGUGGGUUUCCUUUCUCUGGUCAUCUCCGCUGCUAUUCUUCUCAUCCUAACUGGGUUGACGGUGAGUGGAGCUACGCUGGGUCUUAUCGUGUUUGGGCCGUUGUUGUUAAUCACGAGCCCAGUGUGGGUUCCAGUGGGUGCAGUGGCUUUUGUGCUGCUUGCCGGAGCCGCGUCGGUUGUCGGUGCUGCUGUUGCUUCGGCUGCUGUAGCGACGUGGCUAUACCGGUACUUCACAGGUCGGCACCCGGUUGGGUCGGAUGGGAUCGAUUUCGCGCGGAGUCGAAUCGCCGACACGGCAAUCCAUGUGAAGGAUUACGCUCGGGGGUGUGGUGGGUAUUUUCAGAGCCGCAUCAAGGAUGCUGCUCCGGGGGCAUAGGUGUGGUCGUCGGCUUGCAUGCUGGUUUGUGUACUUAUGGUAGGUAUCUAUCUGGUUGUUGGAUUCUUGCUACCCUUUUGUCCUUGUUUUAUGAAUUUUUUUCUUUUUUUUUUUGGUGGUGUAGAGGUAAUUGAGCUUUCUUUUUAAUGCCUGCGUUAAUGCAGCAUAAAUAAUUAAGUGCAGCUAUGACGCAGCCCUACUUGCGUACUAGGGCAGAGGUUCUUAGCUGGAACCUAAUAUUUACUUGUUACUGUGAAGGCUAGAAUGUGGAUAUGGUUCUAAGGUUCUUGUCUUUAUAUGCUAUGUGUUAAUAAAUUAGUUUUAAAUGAUGCAGAGAACUGCAGAAGUUGCAUUCA